CACGCAGACUGGUGGCUAAAAAUACCCCCUGGCUCCCCACGUGGUGCCCAGACCACAGGCCCUCGCCCGCUCUGACUGGCCAGUCCUGUUCUCUGGUCUGCUGUCCACAACAGGCUCCGAGCCCACUGAGAGGAGGCCCCGAACCCUGGCAGCAUGGUGCGCACCGUGGACGACCUGGACUUCCGGCUGCCCUCGCACGCCCAGGACAUGCUGGACGGCCUCCAGCGGCUGCGCUCCCAGCCCAAGCUGGCCGACCUCACGCUGCUGGUGGGCGGCCGGGAGCUGCCCUGCCACCGCGGCCUCCUGGCCCUCAGCAGCCCCUACUUCCACGCCAUGUUCGCGGGCGACUUCGCCGAGAGCUUCUCCGCGCGCGUGGAGCUGCGGGACGUGGAGCCGGCCGUGGUGGGGCAGCUGGUGGACUUCGUGUACACGGGCCGGCUGACCAUCACCCAGGCCAACGUGGAGGCGCUGACGCGCACGGCCGCCCGCCUGCACUUCCCGGCCGUGCAGAAGGUCUGCGGCCGCUACCUGCAGCAGCAGCUGGACGCCACCAACUGCCUGGGCAUCUGCGAGUUCGGGGAGCAGCAGGGGCUGCUGGGAGUGGCCGCCAAGGCCUGGGCCUUCCUGCGCGAGAACUUCGAGGCCGUGGCCCGCGAGGACGAGUUCCUGCAGCUGCCCCGGGACCGGCUGGCCACCUGCCUGGCCAGCGACCUGCUGCAGGUGCAGGCGGAGCAGAGCCGGCUCGAAGCCCUGCUGCGCUGGGUGCGCCACGAUCCGCCGGCCCGGGCUGCUCACCUGCCCGAGCUGCUGGGCCUGGUGCGCCUGGACGCGGUGCCCAAGCCCUGCGUGCAGCAGCUGCUGGCCACGGAGCCGCUGAUCCAGGCGUCAGAGGCGUGCCGGGCUGCGCUGUCCCAGAGCCAUGGGGAGGUGCUGCCCGCCCUCCCGCAGAAGCUGGAAGAGGUGCUGGUGGUGGUCGGGGGGCGGGCACUGGAGGACGAGGAGGGCGGGGAGGAGCCCGCGCCCCACCCCGGGAACUUCGCCUUCUACGACACCAAGGCCCGGCGGUGGACGGUGCUCCCCGACUUCCCCGACUACCACAAGUGGGGCUUCUCCCUGGCGGCUCUCAACAACCACAUCUACGUGACAGGUGGCUCACGGGGCACCAAGACGGACACGUGGUCGACCACCCAGGCCUGGUGCUUCCCGCUGAAGGAGGCGGCCUGGAAGCCCGUGGCGCCCAUGCAGAAGGCGCGCACAAACCACGCGAGUGCUGCGCUCAACGGGGAGAUCUACGCCAUCGGCGGCACCGCCCUGGACGUGGUGGAGGUGGAGAGCUACGACCCCUACACGGACAGCUGGACGCCCGUGAGCCCGGCCCUCAAGUACGUCAGCAACUUCUCGGCGGCCGGCUGCCGGGGCCGCCUGUACCUGGUGGGCUCCAGCGCCUGCAAGUACAACGCACUGGCCCUGCAGUGCUACAACCCAGUCACAGAUGCCUGGAGUCUGAUCGCCUCCCCCUUCCUGCCCAAGUACCUGUCGUCGCCUCGCUGUGCCGCCCUGCACGGGGCGCUGUACCUCAUCGGGGACAACACCAAGAAGGUGUACGUGUAUGACCCGGGGGCCAACCUGUGGCAGAAGGUGCAGUCGCAGCACAGCCUGCAUGAGAACGGUGCGCUGGUGCCGCUGGGGGACGCGCUGUACGUGACGGGCGGCCGCUGGGAGGGCAUGGACGGCGACUACCGCGUGGAGAUGGAGGCCUACGACACCGUGCGCGACGCCUGGACGUGCCACGGCGCCCUGCCCCGCCUCUGGCUCUACCACGGGGCCUCGGCCGUCUUCCUGGAGGUCUCCAAGUGGACUCAGCCCUUCAGCCCCGCCCGGGAGCACUAGGCGGGGCUUGCCCGCGCCCCACCUUCUGGUCUGGUCUCUCCUCCCGCAGCCGCCGCCCGCUCCAGGGCUCAGCUGGGCUCUGGCCACCAGGGGCCAUCGAGGGCACACUCAGGGACGCAGCCUUGGACUCUGGAGCCACCACAGCGGACGCCCCGCUGCCCACAGCAGGGCCUGGGCUGGGAGCAAGGGGGAGGGGCCGGGAGACCCCAGAGGAGGGAGCCCGGGGGUCCAGACAGCGCCCUCCGAAUUCGCGUCUCCUCCUGUCCCGGGGCCCCGGAAGUGGCCUCGGAGGCUGAGGCUGCCGGGGUGGGGGCAGCACUGGGCUCAGGCCACACGUCCACCGCCCCCAGAGCUGGCUCCGUGCAUGCCACUGCCCAAAUCUGCUUCCGGGGUCACAGGAGCCGCCCAGGGUGGCAGCUGGGGAGGGGGUGGCGGGCCUGGGGCAAGGAGAGCGCCCCCGUCUGCACAGUGAGUGGCACAAAACCGUGGCUCCCCUGCAGACGGGUGCUCCUCGCCGGGGGCACCCACGUGGGCUCUGUGUGGGUGGGGGGCUCCCAGCAGCCCCGAGGGAAGCGGCAUCGAGCCAGCACGCAGCAGCGUCACCAGGGUGGCUGCGCCUGCCUCAGGGGCCCCGAGUCUGGCUGGCUCCGCCUCCUGGCGCCAUCUCUCCUGUCCUGAACGGGCAGCGUGUCUAUACCAAACAGGCGACAAAGGACUCCCUGCCGCUGAGUCAGGGCCCCCGGCACAGGACUCGGGGCUGGGGGCAGGGUCGGGUGAGCCGGCGCCAGCCGUGGCCCUGGGCAGUGCCUGUCGCCCACUGGAUCUGGGUUUCUCUCCAAGACCAGCCCACUGACUCUGGCCUGAACCCUCUCGGGGCCCCAAGGGGCUUCUGGGUGUAUGUGGGGGGCCCCUGGGCCCUGCUGCUUCUGCAGGGUGGGAUCAGCUCUGUUCCCAGGCUGGACUUGAGCUGACCUGGCCCAGUGCUGGCCGCUGGGGCCAUCGGGGAGUGAACCAGUGGAUGGAAGAGCUCUCUCCCUCCCUCUCUUUCUUUGUAACUCUGUAUUUCAAUAGAUAAAUUAAAUUUUAAGGAUUUAUUUAUUUAUUUGAAAGGCAGAGUUUGAGAGAGAAAGAGGUCUUCAAUCUGCUGGUUCACUCCCCAGAUGGCUGCAAUAGACAGCGCUGGGCCAGGUCAAAGCCAGGAGCCAGGAGCUUCUUCCAGGUCUCCCACGUGGGUGCAGGGGCCCAAGGACUUGGGCCAUCUUCUACUGCUUUCCCAGGCCACAGCAGAGAGCUGGAUUGGAAGAGGAGCAGCUGGGACUCGAACCGGCGCCCACAUAGGAUGCGGGCACUGCAGGCGGCAGCCUCACCUGCUACACCACAGCACCGGCCCCAAUAAAAUAAAUCUUUAAAAGAAAAAGAAAAAA